AUGAUUGCCAAGUGGAGAAAGAUUCAUAUUAAGUUUAUUCUAUCUUUUUUAAUGACCAAUGAAAAGUUGUCACGUGAUACAGCGACGUCAGUCUGUCGACGAGAAGGAGGCUAUUUGGCCGUUCUGAAUUCAAUACAGGAAGAAAACGUUAUAACCCAGUAUUUAUUAAUUUGUGAAGCAUAUAUCCAGGGAAGCUUAAAUCAGAGCAAAAUUAAUGUUUUGAAUCAAAAUCAGGUUCCCAAGGGCUCCCCGAAAAGAGGUUUAUUGACAACUCCCCAUGGUUUCUCCGUUCGUCAAUCUCUCAUUCCACGUGCAAGUUUGGGGGUAUGGUCCGACAUCCCUGUUCCCAAACACACAAUUCUUGGUGAAUAUGAGGGAGAUCUUGUAGACUAUACAACAGAUUUCACUUAUACCUGGCAAGUAGGGUCAGGUCAUCGCACCCUAUACAUAGACGGCAAGAAUGAAAGUAUCAGCAACUGGCUACGAUACAUUAACUGUGCGAGAAAUACAUUUGAAGAAAACAUAGACACAUUCAACUGUGACUCAAAGAAAUUUUAUUUCACAACCAAAGAAUUGAAAACCAACAGCGAAUUGUUGGUAUGGUAUGGGACUGCAUACGGGGAAUGGCUGGGUAUUAAGAGGAAUAAUCCUGAAAAAGACUUUCCAAUUGGAUCAUGGAAUAUUCGUGUGGGAAGUAUAUACUAUCUACACAAUAAAUGGUGGAACAGUGACAAUUCAGAUAUAACUUACACUAACUGGGCACGUGAAACAGUCACAAAAGUACGUGAGAGAACUGUGCAUAUAGUAUUGACGAACAGAAAUGGAAAAUGGCAGUGGGUACCUGAACGAGAUUAUUCAUAUUAUGUAAAGGACAACAGUUUAAAACUUUCCUUUCUUUGUGAAAUCCCUUUAUUGUCAAAUUCAUCAUGA